CAAGGGGGCAGUCAUAUCCUACACUGGAUGCUAGAGCCAAUGGGCUUUUUACUCUCCUGACAUUGUGUAAGGUUUCUGCCGGAAAACAACAAAAGCCACAAAAAAUGGCGGGAGUACGAUGUAUUUUAAUACAUUUUAGGUGGAAAUGUGUUAUACAGUGGUCAAUAUGGUUAGUGAAUGACGGUCCUGGUUGGCCUUAACUACAACCGGAAGUUGUGGUUUCCGUGGUAACAAGGUAAGUUGACCGGAGAAGUGACACUUGGAAGCUGCCGCCAAUUUGCGUGUUUUCACCGCAGACUCUUGAGCCAAAUGUCCCGAAAAGCACUGAAAGUGUUGGUUGAAGUAAAGUUCAGAGCGGUUUCUUGUCCUGGGGUUCAUUUGCCAACCAAGGAUGACGUGAACCUCAGCAUGUGCUUCAUGGGACAGUACCGUCAGUCUGAAUGUCUCCCUGCUGUCUUCCCUCUGCUCUUUCAUGAGAAGAUGACCUUUGAAAAGAUUUUCAGGCAUGCGGUAGACCCCGGAGACAUAGCUGUAAUGCUUGAGCACGAGGCGGUCAGAAUUGAACUGGUGCAGAUGUGUCCUCCAGCUGGAGACACUCUGGCCUGCUUUGAGGAAGAUGCUCGUCAGUUCUUGUUCCCAGAGCCCAAACUGGUUCCUUCAUUCUCUGGAGUGGACCGAGAGGUUCUCAUGACCCGAGCUCCUUACUUUCCAGGAAUCGCUCCGAGGUUGGAGUUCUCCACCAAAACCACCAUCACUGAGUGCUCAGUUGAUGCCCUGGUCAACGUUUACCCCAAUGUAGUCACGAGGCCCACGAUGAAGAGGAAGACCAAGCGCUCCAGCAGAUUCAGGACAUCCUCUCCUCAGAGGAACCAACCUCAAACAACUGGAAGGACGCAAAGUUUCAGGAAGAAACGAGGCGGCGCCACCACCAGCAGCUCGCUGCCACACGUCCCCAGAUCCCAGUCCCUGUCCCCGCUGAGAGCUGGAGACGCUCAUCGUCGUCUGUCCCGCCUCAGCCUGGACUCUGCAGCACCGGUCUCAGCUGACAUGGAUGCGUCCUGCACCUCCCAGCCUACGUUGUCCUCGCGGCCCGGAGCCACACGAGGAGACUCCUCCCACAGCUCCACAGUGUUCACCAGCUCCUCCUCCCCUUUGAUCAGGUCUUCAUCCACAGUGCGAUUCUCUCCCACUGAGAGAAGAAGAUCAGUAUCCAACGGAUUGUUUGGAGGAAUAUCUGAAGACGACUCCGGCUCCUCGGAAGCACACGACUAUCGUCGCGAUCCUGAACCUCCGUCGCGGUCGCGGCCUGACAGAGAACAAGCCACACACAUCAACAGGUCUCCGUCCAGCUCUCACGGAGAAUGGGAGCAAGUCAACGAGCGCGUGCGAGGACUCCUCACGACGCCGAAAGCCGUGCGGCGACUCCUCUAUGGGGCCUCGGUGUCUGAGGUGGACAGAGUGUUGGCCAGAAGAUCUAUUUCUCCAGGUCCCCCGUGCUGAGAGGUCAGGUCUCCACGUUUUAUGUGACUCGUGCGUCAUUUUGGA